AUCCAAACACUGAAUUAGGGUUCAAUCGUUUUCCCUUUUAUUCAUCAAUGUCGAAAUUAUUUACGGAAAUUGAAAUCGAUGGUUUUCUGAACAACCCCUUUUUCUCGUAUUCCUUGUUUGGGUGCUAAAAAUUUGAACUUUUUAUUACCUAAGUUAUGAAAAAACUUUCAAUUUUAAGGAAAAGAAGAAAUUGGGGUUGAUGUAAUUUUGCAAUUGGUGGAGUAUAUAACAAAUUAUUUAUGUUUAGAAAUUUAUAACUGCAAUUAGGGUUAAGAUCAUUGUGAUAGUGUGUUUCCAGUAUUGAGGUGCCAAUCAAUUUGGGGCAAGCAUUGUUAUAAUUUGACUUAGGGCUUGUUUGGAUGAACUUAAUUGAGCUUAUCUACUGACAUAAGCACCUGUGAGUGUGAGGCAAUUUGAGAGAGCUUACAGAAACAACUUAUGACAUGUCAAUAAUUUGUUUUCAGCUUAUUUCCGUUUGCUGAUAGGAUGCUUAACUUGAUGUGGAUGUGAGACAACUUUGCUUUUUAGUUUGUUUGACAUUUGUACUAGCAAUGGAUCAAGUCAUGCAAGGUAAUGAAAUAGGGGAUGAUUCAUCGAUUAAUUUGGACAACUCGAGGGCUAAUUGGACUCCAUCUCAAGACCAAUAUUUUCUUGAGCUUUUGCUGUCUCAUGUUCACAAAGGCAACAAAACUGGCAAAGUAUUUACCAGAUUAGCUUGGGCAGACAUGACUGAACAAUUUAACAGCAAAUUUGGGUUCAAGUAUGAUGUAGAUGUGUUGAAGAAUCGUUACAAACGAUUCAAAAAGCAAUACUAUGAAAUAAAAGCGAUGGCUAGUCAAAAUGGAUUCCAAUGGGACGGGAGACUAAACACGAUCACAGCUAAUGAUAAAACAUGGGAAGAGUAUAUUAAGGCCCACCCCGAUGCUCAAGUGUUUAGAAAAAAACUUUUUCCAUGUUAUAAUGAUCUAUGCAUAAUCUAUGGCCACACAGUUGCUGAUGGGAGAUACAGUCUUUCAUGUUUUGACGAAGGUUUUGAAUAUGAAGAAAAUGCUUCAAAAGAACUGGAUGACCAUACUAGCACAAGUAAAGGAGUGGAUGAUCAGACUCCUCCUACUCCUAGUCAAAGUAAAAUCGAUUGGUCUCCAAUGAUGGACAGAGUUUUCGUUGAACUGAUGUUGGACCAGGUGCGUAAAGGGAACAAGGCUGGUCGUACAUUCACGAGGCAAGCCUGGGGGGACAUGGCAGAGUCAUUUAACAAUAGAUUUGGAUGUCACUACGGUAAGGUUGUGUUGAAAAACCGUUUCAAUGUCCUGAGUAGGCAUUAUUCCUCUAUAAAUGAACUUCUUGGAAAAGAAGGCUUCAGUUGGGAUAAGGCACAACACAAGGUUGUGGCUAAUGACCAAGUUUGGCAAAAAUGCAUCAGGGUAAAUCACAAGUUCCGGCUGUACAGAAUUAAAAGCAUGCCUUUUUAUUCCGGCAUGUGCAUUGUAUGUCGUGAUGAAGCUCCUGCAGAUUGCAAGUCAAUUCUUGAAAGGAAAUCUUAUGGCAACAAGAACUCUACUCCAGACCCUAAUGGAUCAUUGCAUAUAGGUAGUGAAAAUAAUUUUAUCGGAGAUACUCAGCCUCUCCCUUACGCAUCAUUGCAUACAGGUGAUGGAAGUAAUUUUACCAAAGAACCUCUCCCUGAUACAGCAUUCCAUGUAGGUGGUGAAAAUAGUUUUACUAGGGAUACUAUUUAUCAGCCUCUGCCUUACGCAGCAUUGCAUAUAGAUGAUGAAAAUAGAUUGACUAGAGAUACUCAGCCACUCCCUAAUGCAAUUUUGAAUCUAGGUGGUGAAAAUAAUUUUACCAGAGAUACCAUUAUUCAGCCUCUUCAUAAUGCAGUAUGGCAUGUAGGUGGUGAAAAUAGUUUUAUCAGAGAUACCAUUACUCAGCCUCUCCCUAAUGCAACAUUGGAUAUCGGUGGUGAAAAUAAUUUUACCAGAGAUACUAUUACCGAGCCUCUCCAAAAUGCAACAUUGCAUAUAGGUGGUGAAAAUAAUUUUACCUUUAUAGGUGGUGAAAAUAAUUUUAUCGGAGGAGCUCAGCCUCCUGCUAAUGCAGAUAACGAAGGCGGUGGAAAGAACUCUACCAGAGAUGAAGGCAUUGAAAGGAUCUUUACCAGAAAAACUCAGCCUCAGAAAAACUCUACCAGAGAUGAAGGCAGUGAAAGGAUCUUUACCAGAAAAACUCAGCCUCAAAAUGCAGAUAAGGAACCGUUGCUUCUAAGUGCUGGAAAAAAUAUUUCUAGGCAGAAAAAAAGACAUCAAACAAAAGCACCCGCAACAUUGAAUGAGCCUAAGAAGGCAAGAAACUACAAUGAAGGCAUGUCAGUUGCGUUGAAACAUAUGGCAGUUGCAGUUACAUCGCUAACGAAUAAAACAAAAAAAGAAGAUAAUUUUUCUGUUGGUAAUGUUAUGAAGGUGCUUCAGGCUAUUCCGGACUUGGAUGACGAUCUGAUAUUAGAUGCAUGUGAUUUUUUGGAAGAUGAGAAAAGAGCAAGAUUGUUUCUGGCAUUACCUGCUAAUUUGAGAAAGAAAUGGUUAUUGAGAAAGCUUCGUUCAUAAUGAUUUCUCAAUUAUUUCAUCUUUGUUUAUCUGUAGUUGCUAUUCAAGUUAGUUAAUUUCUGUUGAAUUGUGUUCUAUGAGAGACUUGUUUUUGGUUUAUCUUUGUCUAUGCUGGUAUGAGUAGAAAGACUAGACAUUUCAAUUGACAAAUGAGGUACAAUUCUCUUUGAUUGGAUUA